AUUCCUAGGCUAGAAAGAAUAAGGCGCUCUCUAUGGGUGCGUUCCGAAUUGCGCAUGAAACGCAUAGACUGCAUUACUGUUGCGCAGGCUUUGAAAUCGUUCCGUUUUGUCAAUAUAAAACGCUUUAGUUAUUCGGAACGGUUGCCUACGCAUUCUGUGCGCUAAUACGAAAAUGGCCGACCAAAACAAGAAGCGAAUUUUAGUAGUUGUGUCUUCUUUGAUGUUUUUAAAGAAGAUUAAUGAAAGUGACAGUUCCGAAUCAAGCGACAGUGAAAAUGAAAAUGAAGAUGAAGAUGAAGAUAUAUCUCUACAUGACAUGCAGACGUUGUUUUCAUUAUUAAUGGCAGGCAAAUCUCGUGGAGAACAAAUUAUAGUCACAAAAAUAACGGAUUACGUCGAGCGGGUGAUUCCUAAUUACACCAAUGUUAUUUUCAGAGAACAUUUUAGGUUGUAUCCGGCUACAUUUGAAAUGAUUUUAUCAUUAAUUGGACCAGCACUAAAAGCCACAGGCACUGAAAUUGGUAGAAAACCAAUCUCAGCAGAGAAACAACUGUAUAUUGCUCUAUGGUUUAUGGCUACUCCUGAUUCGUACAGAUCCAUUUGUGUCAAGUUUGGAGUUGGCAAAGCAACUGCUUUUAGGGCUGUAAGACAUGUCACCUAUGCAGUUCAUUGCAUUGCACCUCGAUUUAUACAGUGGCCCAAAGAUGUUGCCAUUGAUACGAUAGAACAUUUCAAAAAAACUUGUGGCUUUCCAAAUGUCAUUGGUGCUAUAGAUGGAACACACAUUAAAAUUCGAGGUCCGCCAAAUGAUACAGCUUCUUAUAUAAAUCGGAAAGGUUUUCCAUUCUUAAACGUUCAACUUGUUUGUAAUUCACGUGGCCUUUUUACACACUGCUAUGCAGGAGAAGUAGGAUCAGUUCAUGAUGCUCGAGUUUUCAGAAAUUCGCCAGUAGCACGUUUUUUAGAGAUGCCUGACAUAUAUUUCCCUAAUAACUCCCACCUUAUUGGAGAUGCUGCAUAUGCAAUUCAUCCACACUUUUUAGUUUCGUUUCGAGACAAUGGCCCUUUGUCAAAUCGACAAAAAAAUUUUAAUUAUUGUUUAUCAUCAACAAGAAUGGCAAUUGAACGUGCAAUUGGACAAUUAAAAAUACGAUUUAGAAUAUUAUUAGAUUGUCUACCAUUGACAGAUGUGAAAAAAAUUCCGGAAUUUAUCAUAGCAUGCUGUGUGUUACAUAAUAUUUGUAUUUUACAAAAUGAUAUAAUGUUUGUUGGCGUCCAACAACAUAAAGAAGUACAGGCAUUUGUUCGCGAUAAUAACACACAGAGGGGAAAUGCUAAAAGAACGACAAUAAUGAAUGAUUUGCAAAUAAAAAUCGUUUGAUUGAUAAGAAUAUUUGACGCAUUACUGUAAUAAGGAUUUGUAUUGUUAAUUUAAUAAUAAAUAUUUUUGAUUAAUAAACAGACAUUAUUUAUGUUUAA